GUCACCUUGCGCUCUCGCCGCCUCGCCCAGCGCCGCCGCCCGCCCGCCGCCUCUCCCGCCGGCCACCGCUUCAAUCCCGCCGUCCGCCGCCCGUGCCUGCCUCCACCGCGCCCUUUCCCGAAACUUCACCGGCGUUCCCCAACCUCCGCCGAGCGCCUUCGCCCUGCCCUAGCCCUUCCCGAACCCGGACGACUGACGGCGGCGCUCCGGUCAGGCGCCGGGAGAUAUGGGUUUACGUACCAGACGGCCGACUGUUGCAAUGCGUAGUGGUGACGAAGAAGAUUUUGACGAUGAUGGUGAUGAUGAUUACAGUGAUCAAAACGAUUAUGAUUAUAUCUGCAAAUAUGACGCUAGCCACAAUCAUGGUAGUGGUGAUGACAAGAGCAGUGAUGAUUACAGCUGCACUGAUGAUGAUAGCAACGAUGAUGGUGAUGAUAUUGACAAUGAUGAUGGUGGUGGUGGUGAUGCUACUGAUAAUUUAUGUGCAAUAUGUGACAAUGGAGGGAAAUUGCUAUGCUGUGAAGGACAAUGUAAAAGGUCCUUCCAUCCCAGAGAAAAAGAUGGAAGGGAAUCUAAUUGUGAAACUCUUGGUUUAACUUCUGCACAAUUACAGGAAAUUGAUCAUUAUCUAUGCAAGAACUGUGAAUAUAAGCAACACCAAUGUUUCAGUUGUGGAGAUCUUGAGCCAUCUGAUGGACCAAAUGCUAAGGUGUUCCAAUGCUACAAAGCAUCUUGUGGGCACUUCUACCACCCCAGUUGUAUUGCCAAAUUACUUGAGCCUGAUGAUACUGAUGGAGCUUGUGAGUUGGAGAGGAGGAUUGCUGCUGGGAUGUCAUUUACAUGUCCUGCACAUUGGUGCUCAGAAUGUAGAACGAUGGAAGACAGUACUCAACCAGAACUUUGGCUUGCGGCCUGCAGACGCUGUCCGGUGUCAUAUCACAAAAAAUGUUUCCCAAGAAGCAUUUCCUUUGAGAGAAAGCGUGGCACAAGUGUACGCGCUUGGCACCUGGGUGAUAGAAUUAUCAUUUACUGUGGAAGCCAUAAACUAGAAGCUGAGCUUGGAGCACCUAGCAGAGACCAUAUAAAGUUACCAUCUAGUACAGAAAUGGAUACUGUUGGAACACAUUGCAUUGACCAAAUAAAGUCAACUCCCGUUCGAAAAAUUUAUAGAACAAGAAAUCUUGCUAAGAAGAAAACAAAAGUGACUGGUAAAAGGAAAAUGAACACUGAUCAGGGUUCAACAGGAACUGCGGAGCUGUCAAACAAGGUAUGUCGAGAAGAAGCCGACCAGAUAAAGUUAACUCCCGUUCCAAAAAUUUAUAGGACAAGAAAUCUUGCUAAGAAAACAAAAGUGACUGGUAAAAGGAAUAUGAACACCGAUCAAGGUUCAACAGGAACUGUGGAGCUGUCAAACAAGGUAUGUCGAGAAGAAGCCGACCAGAUCCAAACAGUAGAUAUGAAUGACUUAACAGAAGAUAAGAUUCCAAAAGGGAGAGGUGUCCUUGAGAAAGAGACCAUCCGUUUGAAUCAAGCACACAAUGAUGAGCUAGAAAAACUUAUUGGGGAGGAACAGGCUGAAGAGGAUGAAAGCAACACCAAAUCUGGAGAAGAGAGAGAAACUCGUAGGAGAGAAAAUACAUAUGGGGAAAAGGAGAAGACUCCUGGGAACAACAGUAAUAAAUUUGGAUUACCUGACGGGCGGUUAACCUCCGGAUCUGAUGGUGACCGAGAAGUUGAUGGAAGCCAUGCCUGCCAGCAGGAGCUGAAGAGCCCUCACUGCAAUGAUAAUAACAAAGCAACAGAAAUUGAUACUUCAAGUGACAAGUCAGGAAAGAGACAGAGACAGGAGGAACAGGCAACUGAUGGUAACAUGUUGGACUUGGAAAGGAACAAUAAGAAGUUUCACAUGGAAACUGGAAGAGAUGCUCAUCAAAGUCCUCAGCAUCUUCAUAAUCACAAAAAAACAGAUGCUCGUCAAAGUUCUUGUUCCUCAUCAAAAGAUCAUCCUCGGUGUAAUGAUGAUCAGAGAUCUUCAAUGACUUCCGAAUACAAAUCCAGAGAGGGAAGAGGAUCAAGUAGAGAAGAGUGGAGAAAUAAUAUGAGGGAAAAUUCUUAUAGGGGUGGGUCACCCUCGGGGAGAAGAAAUUCUCAAAAUAGAUCAAGCAGACAUUCUCCGGAAGGGCGAAGGGCGGAGUAUCGUAACAGUCAUCAUAGAAGCAACAACCAACACAGAUAUGAGCAACAUCGACACGAUGAUUAUUUCAAAUGUCGUGAUGAUUAUUCCAAACACCGUGAUGUUGAUACUGGUGGAAGGAGGUCGAGUCGUCAUGAGGAUCAUUCUAGAGAUGGUGGUAGGAGGAGGUCGAGUCAUCGUGAGGAUCAUUCCACUGAUGGUGGUAGGAGGAGGUCGAGUCAUCGUGAGGAUUAUUCCAGUGAUGGUGAUAGGAGGAGGUCGAGUCACCGUGAGGAUCAUUCCACUGAUGGUGGUAGGAGGAGGUCGAGUCAUGGUGAGGAUCAUUCCAGUGAUGGUGGUAGGAGGAGGUCGAGCCAUUGUGAGGAUCAUUCCAGUGAUGGUGGUAGGAGGAGGUCGAGUCAUCGUGAGGAUCAUUCCAGUGAUGGUGGUAGGAGGAGGUCGAGUCAUCGUGAGGAUCAUUCCAGUGAUGGUGAUAUUGGUGGAAGGAGGUUGAGUCCCCAGCAGUCAGCACUUCCUUCUGGUAAUUUUGGUACUAGUCUCAGCCCCCCUUCACAUCCGACCACUGAAUAUGGUGCUAGCAGAAGGCAUGGUUCCCCUCCAUAUCAGAGAUCUGAACAUGCUGCUAGUGGAAGCCGUGGCCCCUAUAUGAACCCACGAGGAUCAGGCCCUGCAGACUAUGAAAUGGAAAAGAGAAGUGUUCCCCUUCACCAUGAUGCGCCCAAUGUCGAGGAGUACACCGGUCGACCACUGAAUAUGGUGCUACCAGAAGGCAUUGCUCCCGUUAAUACGUACUCUCUCCGAGGGGAAUCUCCUGGUGCAUAUGGUCCUGGAACAGAUGCCGGCAUGGGCGAAGAAACCACAUUCCGUGGUGGGCGUUUCGGUGAUCAUGGAGUGAGGUCAGAUUAUCCACGAAGCAGCAGCAUGAAUGCAGAGGAUAGGGCUUUUGCUGCAGGUUCCGUUACGGAUAGGUAUGUCCCGCACCUCGACCGAACGAACCACCCAAUAAGAGUUGACGGUUGUCUGCCGGAUUAUCCCGUAUGGUAGGUUGCUGCUGUUGUGAUCCUCGUGUUGCCAGUCCCAGCCAGCCUAUGAAAAGCCCUGCAGGAAACCAACAGUUAAACCUCAAUUAGCCGCGAAGCGAAUCGGGUGUCAAACCUUAGUUUGUCAGAGUGGUUGGACGGUAACUUUCAACCCGAGGUGGUGCCAGCGUACCUUAACGAGUGUGUUUGAUGUUGGCCUCGGAUCUUGCUACUUGUCGAUUGACAGAAAUGAUCUGCUUAGUUUGCGGUUUGGUUGCUG